AUGGUACCAUGGCUACUCCAUCUCCUGGUGGCCGACAUAAUCCUCUCCGCUUUACUACCAAUAUCCGCCUUCUUGCCGGACCUCUGCUACGACAUCUCGUCAGCAAUAGCAGAGUCGGUAUGGGCUGGCAUCCAGCGCAUCUUCACCGUUAGCAAUCACGCCCAGAUUGUAGUCUCCGGCGUGGACAAGCUGCCUAAGGGUGAGAGUGCGAUUGUGAUAGCAAAUCACGUGGAAUGGACCGACUUCUACAUGAUCCAGGAGCUGGCUCAACGGGCGGGUAUGCUUAACCGAUGUCGGUGGUUUGCAAAGCAGCAGUUGAAGUGGGUCCCUUUCCUCGGCUGGGGGUUGUGGGCUAUGGGCAUGCCCCUGAUCAGUAGGAACUGGACAGAGGACCAGAAGGAGAUGGACAGGGUGUUCUCUGGCGUCGUGCAGAAGCACUGGCCAAUUUGGUUGAUCGCCUACAGUGAAGGCUCUCGCUACACUAACUGGAGACGCGACGAAGCCGAGGCCUGGUGUCGCAGUCACGAUAAGCGACUAGGCAAGCACGUACUUUACCCGCGGACCAAAGGUUUCCUGGCCUGCGUACACAACCUACGUAAAGCGCCCCAUGUGAAGGCUGUCUACGAUGUGACGAUUGCAUAUGCGAAGCACGAGAAAGUGUUCCAGCAGCCUCCGCUGUUCCAAGAAACUGUGACGAUACCUGACCUUGACAAGGAAUGGAGGUUUUUUGUCCAUGUGGAUAGGUAUACGCUGUCAGACCUUCCAUCGACGGACGAGAAGUUGGCCAGGUGGCUGGAAGACCGGUGGGUGGAGAAGGGAGAGCGGCUGGAGUUGUUACGCCAGCAACUUGUGAAAGGCUUGCCGUGGAGUGACCUAGGCACGCUGAAUUACAGCUGA